AUGCCCCAUCGCGACGUGGCGUCGUGGACGGUGAUGCUCCAGGCGUGCGCGAGCAAUGGGAGCUUGGAUCGCGCGAAAGAGCUCUUUGAUUCGAUGCCGGAGAGGGAUGUGGUAUGCUGGAACGCGAUGCUGGCGGCGUAUGGCGGCGGCGGCAGCUCGAUCGAGGCGGCGGAGGGGAUCUUCGCGGCGAUGUCAAGGCGCAAUUUGGUGUCGUGGAACGCGAUGAUCCAGGCGUACGCCGCCGGCGGGCGGAUCCGAGACGCGCAGCGCGCAUUCGAUUCCAUGCCGCGUGGAGGCGACGAUCCGCGCGCCAAUCUCUUUGCCCUGACCGCGAUGCUCGUCGCCCACGCCGCCGCCGGCGACGUCCAUCGCUCCAAGGCGCUCUUCGACGCCAACAACAAGCACGACGUGGCAGUAUGGAACGCGAUGGUGGCAGCGUACGGACAAAGUGGCCAGGUGGUUCAGGCGAAGGCGGUUUACGACAAAAUGCCCGAGGUGAGCUCGGUGUCCGAGACCACCAUUUUAACCGUGCUUGCGCAGAACGGUCACCUGUCCGCGGCCCGGGAGUGCUUCCACUCCAUGGCCGAGACGACCAUCGUUGCUCAGACCGCCAUGCUAGCGGCGUACGCCCAGAACGGGCAUGUCAAGGAAGCCAAAGAGCUCUUCAACUCCAUGCCCCGGACGAGCUUUGUGUCGUGGAACGCCAUGGUCACCGCUUAUGCCCAGAAUGGUCAUCCCCGGGAGGCCCUGGAGCUCUUCCACUCGAUGGUUCUUCACGGCGAGAGGCCGGAUGAGAUGACUUUCUCGAGUAUCCUGCUCGCUAGCAGCCACAACGGAAUGGCGGACAGGGGCUGGAGCUACUUUGCGUCGAUGGUGCCGGACUACUGCGUGAGGCCCGGGAGGGAUCACUUCUACUGCAUGGUCGAUGCGUUUGGACGGGCCGGACGCUUGGCCGAGGCAAUGGAACUCGCGGAGAGAAUGCCGUUUGAGGCUGAUGUUGUGGUUUGGAGGAGCCUGCUGGGGGCUUGUCGGACGAGCCGGGACGUGGAGACCGGAGCUUUGAUAGCCCAUAAGUUGUUUGAAGCGGAUCCCGGGGACUCGGUGGCCUACACUAUUCUUGCUGGGAUGUUUGCCACCGCUGGAAUGAAAGACGAGGAAGCCAAAGUGAUGAAGCUGAUGGAACAAAACUGUGAUAACAAGAACCACCAAGUGAGUCAGCCACGACUGCUCGAAUGA